AUGCCCCCUUCAAGGCAGAUCCGCUCACAGUCAAUCUCGUCCCCAGAGCCGCCGCCGCAAUACCAGUCACCAGAGCCCUGGCGGGACCGCAUCCGGCCCAACUGGCCCAUGCCGCAGAUCCAAAACGUCAUAACCACCGUCAACGGCCGACAGCGUCGACUCCGGCCGCAUGUCGUCACAGGGGCCAAGUCUGUGCUCCUGGCGCGCCUGGCCGCCCCGCGGCACGCGCGCGCCCCGCAAAAAUGCGGCUUUCAGUCAAAGUCCCGCGACUUCAAGGUCCAGAAUUUCGUCACGUCCGUCUCGUGCGGCUUUCACAUCCGCCUCGAGGGCAUCGAGCGCUUGUAUCGGCAGUCGGUUAAGUAUGAGCCUGAGCUGUUCCCGGGCCUGGUGUACACGGUUGUCCGGCCCCAGGUCAAGUGCCUGGUGUCUACCACGGGCAAGGCGUUAUUGACGGGCGCCAAGAGAGAGGAAGAUGUGUACGAGGCAUUUGUGAAGUUGUACCCGAUACUGCUGGAAUUUAAAAAGGGGGAUCCCUGGGAGCUGGACUAG